UCACGCACGAGAUUUCUGAGACUCCUCUGAACGUGGAACCAUUCCACCGUCAUCUACACUGCAGUGUCCAUUACUAUGUGGACCUGCGAAACUAAAGUGAGCAUUACAGCGCUAGUCGUCAUGUGCGGGACGAUCAACGUUAUCGGACUGGGAUUUUGCGUCUUGCAACUACAGGAAUCCGUGGUUGCCUUAUCAUACGGAACAUUCUUCACCUCCGCGAGCAUAUGCCAGUCCCUGUUUCUUUUCGUUGCGGUGACCUCGGAAAAGCGCAUCUACAUGAAGCUGUCCAUCCUCCUUGCGAUUAUUCGUCCGAUAUUCCUCCUCUUGUUCUUUUUCCUUCUCAACUUGGAGGAACGCGGCAUGAUUAAUCCUAAAAGCACACCAACACCUGGUUAUGGUGCUCGGCAUCUGAGUGCUGAGGCGACAGUCUCCUCCACCAAGCCAGAUAUCUUGGAGUUCAGUACUGUUCAUCAUGUCGAAGAGCCGGAGGACCUGCUAACACCUACCUCGGUUCUUUAUGGUUCUUUAGCCCUCUUCAGCAUCUCUACUAUAGCUGACGUAUACGUUAUCAGACGCUUAAUCAUCUACUCGAAGAAAUCUCCUCCAAUUUCACCACUUCUUUCUGUUCAGUCAGCGCUUCCAGAGCCAGCAGACUCGAAGCCCGCAACAGCGGAACCGCAAAAGUGAUUCAUGUAGCCUUGUUUAAAUCCUUGCAAAUUAAUAAUUGAUUCUCGUGUCUUUUUC